GUCUGACGCCGGCGGAGAUGGAGGAGUUGAGAGGAGAGGAAUCCAAGGCGAGGCGUAAGAGCCUCAGAGCUCGAGACAGAAGUGUCGCGGCUUCAGAGGGGGGGGGGGGAGAGAAGCUCCGGUCUGAGGUUUCUCAGAAAAGGGAUGGGAUUGAGAAGUUGGAGAAGGAGGUGACUGGUUUUAUAAGUGUAAAGGAGGAGAACGAGAAGAGAAUGAAGGAGUUGGAGACCAAGUUUGAUCUGGAGGUUAAAGAGUUGGAGGAGAGGAACACGAAGAUGAGAGAUAAUAUUGAUAACAAGGAGAAGGAAGUGAGUGAGUUGAAGUAGAAGUAGAAGAUCAAUGGUUUGGAAUCGAACGUUGCAGAAGGGAAAACAGAUAAGAAGGUUGUGGAGGAUUCAUUGAGAGAGUCAGAGAAUAAAAUGGUGGCGAUGGAAUCAGAGACUGUGGAGUUAUAGAGACAGAUUGAUUAGUCUGAGAAGAUAAUCAUUGUCGAAGAACCACUUAAUGGCAUUGUGCUUAAUUCACGGUCCCCUACUAGUAUGACUACUGGUUCUGGUGGAGCUAUGGCGGCUGUUGCGGUUGCAGUGGCCGGAGCAGCCGUCGUCUGCUACAUUUACCACUCCAAGAGGGUUCGAUUCAACUUAGAAUCUUUUAACUCCUCUGUGUGUUUGGUCCAUUUCACAGUUUUGUAGUCUUCUUUAUUGGGUGUUUGCUUACACAUUUUUCAUUAGUUUAUACAUUGUUACUGAACCUAAAAAUGGGAAGACAUUUCUGUAAUCAUCGUUUACUAUUUUAUAGUAUAACAUAAAACAGUUUUACAUAUCAAUUACAACCCUUUUAGUUUAGUUCUUCUUCUUACUCACCCCACAAGCUGCUUGGCUUCAAGAGUCUUCUCAUACUCUUCAAUAGACUUAAAGAGCUCAGAGAAGUUACCUUUACCAAA